AUGUGCAAGCAGGUUUUGAUGCAUUUGAACUUUGAAGAUGGCGGAGGUAAUAAUUUUUUCAAAUCUGCAACGACAAAUAUUAACUUAAAUGACAUUGAUUUGAAAAGAGCAGAACAUGAUGGGGAUCAAAAUAAUGAUAUUGAGCAAGAAUUAGAGCAUUUUGAAAAUGAUGAAUAUCAUAUAAAUGAAAGUGAAGAAGAGUUCAAUUGUUUGGAGAUGGAUUCAGACAGUGAAUGGCUUGGUGUAUGGGACAACAUUGAAAAAGAUGAGGCAACUGUGCAAGUGAUAGAGAAGAAAAAUCUAAAAGAAAAGUUGCUAUUAGAGGACUCAUGUUCGGAAGCUGAGAAUGGUAAUAUUUCUUCUGAAAAUGAUGAAUCAGAGGACAUGGGGAAUGUUAAUAGUGAUGAUGAUCGGGUUGAAAAUAUUUCAUUUAGGGCAGAUAUAGAUAUGCCUAAUCCAACAUUUAGCUUGGGAAUGACAUUCGUUAAUGCAACAGAGUUUAGAGUUGCUUUGAGAGCUUACUCUGUUAAAAAUAAUAGAGAAAUCUCCUUGAAGAAGAAUGAAUCUGGUAAAAUUUCUGCAAAGUGUUCCGAUGGAUGUCCAUGGCACAUAUAUGCCUCAAGAAAGGCACCAGAUGAUCCUACCAUCAUGAUAAAGACUUUGGUUGAGAAACAUUUUGAGAAUUGUUUGUUUGUUUAUGUCAACAAAAAUGUGAAAUCUAGAAUGAUUGCCCAAAAAUACCUACAUUAUUUAAGAAAACAUCCAGAUGUAUCGAUAGGUGAUUUUAUGGAGAAAAUACAUGAAGAGAUGAAUGUUGAAAUUUCAGUGAGUCAAGCAUACAGAGCAAAGAGAAUCGCUAAAGAGAUGAUUGAAGUUCACUACAAAGAACAAUAUGCAAAAUUAGAGGAUUACUGUGCAGAACUCAAGAAGAAGAAUCCCGAAUCGACUAUAUUGUUAGAAACAACACCUAAUGAAGAAGAUGGUACACCUAUUUUUGAAAGAAUUUACAUAUGUCUUGAGUCCUGCAAAAGAGGUUGGAAGGCAGGUUGUAGGUCGCUUAUUGGGAUGGAUGGGUGCUUUCUUAAAGGUCCAUAUGAUGGUCAACUUUUGACAGCAAUUGGGAUAGAUGCUGAUAAUGGUAUGUUCCCUAUAGCCUAUGUUGUAUUUGAUGUUGAAGACAAGCAUAAUUGGAACUGGUUUUUGAAUUUGCUGGUAGAUGACUUGCAAAUUAGAAAUCAUGAUAACAUAUGCCUCAUUACAGACAAACAAAAGGGUAGAUUAUUGGUGGUAUUAUUUGCUGAUAAUAAUAUUUCUGCUAUUGUUCGUUAUUUUUCCACUACUGUUGUAAAGAAACCAAAUCGGACAAAAUGCGCGUAG